CACUAUCAUUAUCAUUAUCAUUAAUAUACCCUAGUUACUGUAAAAUCUAUGUUGAAUGAGAGCAGUAACUGUGUAUAUGUUGCAAUUAACCAACCAGGUUGUCCUUGGAUAGAUUCUGAAGAUAUUGUCAGAAAUUCAGGGAUGUGGGCCCGGAUGUUAAGUGUUGGUUUCUACCCUGUUCGAACCAAGAUGUUUCCGAAAGGAUUUAUCAUCUCUGUAAUACCAGUGUUUAACUCCAGUGAAUGUAGAACGCUACCGUUAAAGUUUAACACAAGUUUUGUGAACACAAUGUCAAUUAAGGUAGAGAAAACUCUCAACAGCUACUCUUUACCGAUAGGUUCAGCAGUGGGUGUUGUCACUGCAAUCGGAGUUCUGGUUUUGUUCUUUGUUGUAGCAGUUUGGAAGGCAAACAUGGAACCUUCCAUUGAAGUAUAUGAUGAAAACGAAGCCGUAGAAUUGAACGGAAAUAGUGAAGCUGGGAACCGACGAGCGGGGAACGCGACAUUAAAAACACGCGGCAGUGUAGAGAGUGAAGUAGGACCUGAGAAUGCGUAUAGAAAAGUUCUGGUCUCUGAUAUGCGUGCUAUACUGAAAGAUCGGCCUGGACACAAGAGUGAGCAUCUCCAGCAUGCUAUCGACAGGAUAGCAGAGAAGGAUCUUCGUCUAGUAGAUCUACUCAAGCUUAGUGAGAACCCUUGGCAUAGGUAAAAUAUCUUAAUCAAG